AUGAAGUCGAUACAAAGGAUAAUAUUAUUUUUUUUGGAAACUCCGCUACAUGCUCAUAUACAAAUGUCUAAGAUCGAUGACAAGUUCCCAUCGGUUAUCAAGAACAGUGCGUUCGAAGAAGGUAUAGAGGAGAGGUUCUUCGAGAGCGAUGACGUGACUCGAUCGAUCUCUUUUGACGAAGACGAGAGGAGCAGUAAUGACUCGAGGACUCAGCUGAUAGAGAGCACCAGCACACACAGGAAGCUGUUAAACAGACACGUCCAGUUCAUUGCGAUAUCUGGUGUCAUCGGUACCGCGCUGUUUGUCGCCAUCGGUAAGCCUUUGUACAGGGGCGGGCCCGCCAACUUGCUGCUGGCGUUCGCGCUUUGGUGCAUACCAAUCCUGUGCAUCACGGUGUCCACGGCGGAGAUGGUCUCCUUCAUGCCUGUGAGCUCGCCGUUCCUGAGACUCGCUAAGAAAUGUGUGGAUGAGUCCCUAGGUGUCACCGCCAGUUGGAACUUCUGGUUCCUGGAGUGUGUGCAGAUACCUUACGAGAUAGUCUCGGUAAACACCAUUAUACACUACUGGAGGGAUGACUACAGUCCCGCCAUACCCUUGGUUAUACAGGUUGUGCUCUACGUCCUGAUCUCUGUGUGCGCUGUGAAGUACUACGGUGAGAUGGAGUUCUGGCUUGCGUCUUUCAAGAUCAUACUGGCUGUGGGCCUCUUCUGCUUCACUUUCAUCACCAUGCUUGGUGGUAACCCCAAGCACGACCGUUACGGGUUCAGGUACUACGGAGAGUCCCCCUUCAAAAAGUACUUCCCAGACGGUAACGAAGGUGCGGGCAAAUCGGCAGGCUAUUUCCAAGGGUUCCUAACGUGUUUGAUCCAGGCUGCAUUUACCAUCGCUGGUGGUGAGUACAUCUCAAUGUUGGCAGGUGAAGUUAAACUGCCAAGAAAGGUUUUGCCCAAGGCCUUCAAACAGGUCUUUGUGAGAUUGACCGUGAUCUUCUUGGGAAGUUGUUUAUGUGUCGGUAUCGUUUGUUCACCAAAUGAUAGUGCGUUGACUGCAGCUAUCAAUGAGGCAAGACCAGGUGCAGGCUCAUCUCCAUACGUUAUCGCCAUGAACAACUUGCAGAUAAGAGUACUUCCAGAUAUUGUCAACAUCGCUUUAAUCACGGCUGCUUUCUCGGCAGGUAAUGCGUACACCUACUGUUCCUCGAGAACUUUGUAUGGUAUGGCUCUGGAUGGUUAUGCUCCUAAAAUAUUCACCAAAUGUAACAAGUAUGGUGUUCCUAUCUAUGCUGUUGGUGUGUCCCUAUGCUGGGCUUUAUUAAGUUUGCUACAAUUGAACUCCAAUAGUGCUGUGGUGUUGAACUGGUUGAUUAAUUUGAUCACUGCUUCACAAUUGAUAAAUUUUGUUUUCCUAUGUGUCAUUUAUCUCUUCUUUAGAAGGGCAUACAUGACUCAGAAGGAAAGACUGCCUGAAUUACCUUUCAAGUCAUGGUGGCAACCUUAUACGGUCAUCGUUGGAUUGGUAUCUGUGUUGAUUAUGAUCUUACUACAAGGUUAUACAGUGUUUUUCCCAAAGUUGUGGAAUGGAAGAGAUUUCAUAUUCUGCUAUUUGAUGGUGUUCCUUGAUAUCGGUAUCUACGUAUUUACCAAAUUUAUUUGGUAUAAGGGUAAGGAUCCUGUUAAAUCUCCCAAUUCAAUCGAUUUUGUUCCUGAGUUAAAGGAAAUUGAACAGCAUGAACUUGAGCACUCAUUUGACAAGUUCAAGUAUUAUUAUUAUGACGAAGCAUGA